CUCGAAACCAAACGGCAAUUUCUUGAAAUAAAUUUUUAAAAAGAAAAUUCAUUGAUUCCCUGUUUGAUUGACUUUGAUUGCUAUAUAAAAGAAAGAGUUGAAGAUCUUUAGUGUCAGUUGUGCAACUUUCUUGGACGUAGUCUUUUUUUCCUUUCUUGCGUGAGCUUUCUUUUUCCUUUUCGUUGAAUUUACUGGUGAUUUUUCGUCGUUUCAGAUUUUAUCUCAACUGGGUAUUUUCCAUCAAUAGCAGGCUCAUCUGGGUUUUUCUUUUGAUAUUUUCUGAGGAUUGACUUUAAUCCUUUCAAUCAAACAGGCAAAGUUUACCACCGUCUGCAGCUACGCAUAAGAAAAUGGCAAUAAAGAUUAACAAGGUCAUUGGUAGUUCCGCACCGGAAGAAUUAAAGAAGGCUCUGCAAAAAGUAGCGAUUAGAUGGGGAGAUGUUGUGGAGGACAUGGAAUCAUUGCAGGUGUUCCCAUUGAAAGGCGCCAUGACAAACGAGGUCUACCAGAUAAAUUGGCCGACGAAGAAUGGCGAUCACCAUAAGAAGGUUCUGGUUCGUAUUUAUGGGAAAGGUGUUGAGUUGUUUUUCAACAGAGAUGACGAGAUUAGGACCUUUGAAUGCAUGUCGAGACAUGGGCAGGGGCCUAGGCUUCUUGGCCGGUUUUCAGAUGGAAGGGUUGAGGAAUUCAUCCAUGCCAGAACACUCUCAGCUGCGGACCUUCGUGACCCUGAGAUAUCUGCUCUUAUAGCAACAAAGUUGAGAGAGUUCCACAAUCUUGACAUGCCUGGUCGUAAGGAGAUACUUCUCUGGAGCAGAAUGAGGACAUGGCUUAGCGAGGCCAAAAGUUUAUGUUCUCCCAAAGAUGCAGAGGAAUUUAAGUUGGAUAUUCUAGAAGAUGAAAUCAAUUUUCUGGAGAAAGAGUUGACACUUGAUGGUCAGGAGAUUGGAUUUUGUCACAAUGAUCUGCAAUAUGGUAAUAUCAUGAUGGAUGAAGAAACGAGAGCGAUCACUAUAAUUGACUAUGAGUAUGCAAGUUUCAAUCCUGUUGCUUAUGAUCUCGCAAAUCAUUUCUGUGAAAUGGCAGCUGAUUACCAUUCUGAGACACCACAUAUUCUGGAUUACAGUAAAUAUCCAGCAUUGGAGGAACGAAAAAGGUUUGUCUGCAUAUAUCUGAGUUCUGAAGGCAACAAACCUAGUGAGGAAGAAGUGGAGCAGCUAGUCAAUGAUGCAGAGAAGUACACUCUUGUCAACCAUGUCCUUUGGGGCUUGUGGGGGCUUAUAUCAGGAUACGUAAAUGAGAUCGACUUUGAUUACACUGAGUAUGCAAGGCAGAGAUUUCAGCAGUACCGGUUAAGCAAGUCGAGGAUCUUAUGUCUUGGGGACAAUAAUUUCUCCAUGACAACAGAGACAGACAAGUCUACGUGUAUUCUAGAUUAAGAAGUGGUUAAUUGUGUGGUUACAGAUGAUGUAAAUACAAAUGGAAAUGGCUGUUUCUUUGGUGUUGUUUCUACGGAAUAUGUUGGUGGGGACUUGUCGAAAUAUGAUACUGAAUAUUAGAAGGCUGUUGCUUCUCCUUUCAAUCUAUUAGUUUUCUAUCACUAUGACAUGCAUUAUUUUAGAAAGCAAAGAAAUGGCCUCAUGGAGUGCAGGUCAUUGUGAUUUGACUUAGUAUUUGGUUA